ACAGAUGAUACUUCUAGUAAGCUUUGGUUGCAGAAAGCUUCAUCUGCCAGCCUGUUGCUACUGUGUGUGUGCAUCUGUGUGGAGCAUGGAAAGGCUUUAAAUUAUUUCUAAAUGCAUGCUUCUGAGUUUGCUUUUCAGAGCCAGAGUAGUCCUGCUCCCACUGUCCAUAGUCCAGCAGGAUUUUGGGUAGCAAGGAGAAACCAGAACUCUGUUUCACCUAACAAGCAGACCCUGAAUUCCUCAGAGGAGGAGGAAGCAAUAAGUGAAAAUGCUUCCUGUUCUAUCUCCCUUGUAGGAAAAUUUCAUGAAGAAUAUAUCUAUGCACCCCCAGAUCCUGACUGUGAAACUGCAACAGUAUUUAGUUCAGCAGAACCUACAGCAAACUUGGAAGAAGGGCCUGUCUCGGUGUCACCUCACGAGGAAGGGACUUCCUACAGCUAUCCCCAGAAGGUGUUGGUGAACUCUGCAGGAGUUUCAGCCUCCCCAGAUGUUUAUACUGCUCCAGCUACAGGCCUCUCUUCAAAUUCUGCUACCUCCACUCCAGCCAGUGUCACCACAGCAACUCCCCCCCAGACAGCAGUUCAACCUGUCAUAGUAUCUCCCUUUUCUGUGGGGAGGCCAGGUAGAGUGUACAGACUGCAGCCCUGGACUAAGUUUUCAGUUAUUUUGCCCUCCCUCCCCUCCCCCAUCCAGAACAAAUGCUAAAAGGUUUAAAAACAGAAAUGUCACUUGCUUUGGUUUAAAAUGACUUAGUUGUUGUUGUAACUUGAUUGCUGACUUUCUAUUUUGAGGGGGCAGU